CUGAGAGCGCGUGGUUUGAGUCGGAGCUCUUUCAAAUUUAUUCUUAAUACAUCGUUUAUUCUUGUUAUAUCUUAAGACUUGUGUUUUAAAUUGUUAUCCUCCGAGGGUAAAACAUAUCCUUAAAUAUAUCCCAUACCAAAAUCGUAUUUAAACGCACAGAUAAUUUAUUUUUAUCGGAUCACUCGCUAUUAGCCUCAGGCUGUUAGCAUUCCCAGCCUGCCUGCUUACUGCUUAACACACUGUUCUCAUUAUUAAAUCACUGAUGGCUAAUGUUUCAGAUGUGUCUGUACCUCUGUGUGCAGAUGAGGAAACGAUCGCACUUCAGUCGGAACUGGAGGCUGUGGAGAAGCAGAUCCAGGAUCUACUAGAGAAGCAGUCACGGCUGCGAGAACGAAAAACGGCGCUGGAAACAUCCAGAGCCGACGCUCGCAAAUCCGCGGUAAGUUUUCAUCGCGAUUUUAAUACUCCUUCCACUUCUACUCCGCGUGUUUCUCUGCACAGAGCCCAGGCUUCGAGAACACGGUCAGCCCAAAUGAACUUCACUCCUGCACCGGCACAACCACGGCGAAAGGCGCGAGCCAGGACUGGAGCGAUGACCCAACCGCCGCCACCGGUCUUCGAGAUCCCGACCAGGAACCGCUUUGCCGCCCUCUGCGAGACGGAAUGCAACGCUGUGGUCAUCGGAGACUCAAUCGUCCGGAACGUACGCGCUUCCUCCACUAAAGGUAAGGUGCACACUCAUUGUUUUCCUGGCGCCUGUGUUCUUGAUGUCUCUGCGCAGGUACCUGCGAUCCUGAAGGACGAUGCUAACGUCGGAGCUGUCGUGCUGCACGCGGGGGUGAAUGACGUCAGGAUGAGGCAGUCGGAGAUCCUGAAGAGGGACUUCAGGAGUCUGAUCGAGACGGUACGCAACGCAUCGCCCACGGCGAGGAUCAUCGUAUCAGGGCCGCUUCCUACCUACCGACGAGGGAAUGAAAAGUUCAGUAGACUAUUUGCUCUAAAUAAAUGGUUGAUGUCAUGGUGUAUUGAACAGAAGCUGCUCUUUGUUGAUAAUUUUGAUCUGUUCUGGGAGCGACCUAGGCUCUUCCGCCCUGACGGCCUGCACCCCAGCAGCAUCGGAGCGGUUCUUCUGUCUGACAACAUCUCAAAGACGCUACCACCGCUUGACUACGUCUCCCAGCGGGAGAGAUUCCGCCAGGCCCAGAUGAACGUCAUAUGCCCAUCCACAACUAGAGAUUACGCCAGCUACAUCGGAAAAUCCCGUGCCAUCCUCCUGCGAGAGCCUGCGGACUGACUGACCAUCCAGCUCCAUCCAAGGCAAUUCCAUCACCACCCAAGAAAAAGGCGACCAUCUGGCCGGCCCAGCUCAGACAAUUCCAUCCCCAACCGAGAGCAAAGACGGACUACCUGUCACAUAAAUGCUAAAUUUACAAUACUUGGUAUUUAAUGCUAAACUUACAUCACACGACAGCAGUUUGAAGUUAUGGCUGCACUCAGUG